AUGCACAAUCUCGAGGACCGUAUCGACGGAAAAACGGAUGAAGUCAUCCAAGCCGCCCAGAGCAUGGGCUUCUUCGCCUUGAUCGAGCACGGUAUCUCCAAAGCAAACGUCGAAUCCAUGUUUGACAUGUUAAGGAGGUUCUUCGAUCUGCCCGAAGAUAUUAAAGCAACCGUGCCAUGGAAUGCAAACAAUGUAGGCUGGGAAAAGAACUCACAGAUUCGUCUGUCUACCGGACAGCCCGACUACAAAGAGUCCUACCAGCUGCAGUUCGGUGAGGCCAUGAAUGACCACUGGGUCAAGUACGACGACCUGCCUGACUUUCGGGCUGUCUCGCUGGAUUUCAUGGAUCGCGUGCGGCAAGUAUCGGAAUGUUUGAUGCGGUGUUUCGCUCGCGGUUUGGGAUUCCCGGAAAGGUUCAUGAUCGAGUGCCAUGGUAUAGCAUGGCCGGACUCGCAGACCACUAUGCGUCUACUGCAUUACUUUGCGUUCCCGGAGGCGCCGGAUGGCGGGGUUUAUCAUCGCGCUGGGGCACAUGCUGAUUGGGGCUAUUUGGCCUUAGUCUUGCAGAAAGAUGGGAUUUGUCUUGGUCGCGAGGCUGUAAAGGAUCUCGGCAUUGAUUUCGGCAUCGGACACGGAUGGACCAAAGUGGAGUACCGUGGAGGCUAG